AUGGAGAGCUCCAAUCGCACGAUGGUGACCUAUUUCGUUCUUAAAGGGAUCACAAAUGUCCCCAGACUGGAGGUUCCGAUCUCUCUUCUGGUUCUGCUCAUGUAUCUUCUCACUUUGGGUGGUAACAUGACCAUUCUCCUGCUCGUCUGCUCGGAGCCUCAGCUACACACUCCCAUGUACUUCUUCUUGUGUAACCUCUCUGUUCUGGACAUUUCAUCUAGCACGGCCACCCUACAUAGGAUUUUUGUACUGUUCUUUACCGGAGAUAACAGAAUUUCAGUUUUUGGUUGUAUGACACAAAUCUUUAUGUUUUUAACCUUAACCACUGACCAGCUUCUCUUGCUCGCCGCUAUGAGCUUUGAUCGAUACGUUGCCGUCUGCGACCCCAUGCAUUAUUCCAUGGUCAUGAACCGCACGGUCUGUGCUUUAUUAGCUGCCAGCAGCUGGCUUCUGGGUAUUGUAGAAAUUUCUCCUAUUUUCUGGACAAUUUCGGGUUUUUCUUGUUACAGAUCCAAUGAGAUCAACCACUUCUUGUGCGACAUUAUUCCUCUAAUGAAGCUGUCUUGCAAUGACAAGUCUUUUUUGGAACUUUAUUUAUUUACAGAGGGGUAUUUCGUUGGAUGCUUCUGCCCGUUUCUCAUGACUUUUGUGUCCUAUGUCCUUAUUAUCAUCACCAUAUUGAAGAUCCCUUCCAGCAACGGAAGACGCAAAACCUUCUACACAUGUUCCUCGCACCUCACGGUUGUUGUCUUGCUGUAUGCGACUCUUGUAAUUCAAUAUCUGAGUCCAAACUCCACGAACAGCCUGGAGUCUAAUAAACUAUUCUCUCUUUUCAACACGGCCACCGUCCCGUUGUUGAAUCCUCUAGUGUACAGCCUCAAAAAUAACAAUGUGAAGUCGGCACUGAGAAGAAGGCUUAGAUUGUGUAAAUUAAUGUUUUAA